CACGCCUGCACUUGUGUCAGAAAACCCCACUCAAUCUCUCCUCCUCCUUUUCCUCGUCCUCCUUCUCGCCCUCACGCGGGUUCAGAGUCAAGAAAGGAGACGAGCAGACGCCACCCGCCUCGCCCAACUCAACGCCGUAUUUACUUCUGAAAGCCAUGGCGCAGACAGCCGAGGCCGUGUCAGCGGUUCUGUCCACCAACAGGAAUUGCACCAUCGAGAUAACCAACGUGAGCAGCAUUUACUGCCUGAUCAACCCCAAGGUUUUCAUGUCCAGCGGCUUCUGCCACCACCCGCCGCAGCCGACCAUCCGCGGCACCCACACCGAGGUGUGCUCCUUCAUCAAGGACGACCACACGGCCACCGGCGCCGUGGGCCUGCUGACCUACGACCUCUUCCACACGCAGAGCCGGGUCAGCGCGCACCGCAUCGCCGUCAUGUUCUCGGUGCCCUACGACCACAACCUGUACAAGAACCGCCUGGCGCUGGGCGUGCUGGAGCAGUCGCACGACUGCGACAAGAAGCUCUACGAUCAGAUGUACGACGGCAAGGACCUCAGCCACUUCAGCCGGGCCGACGCCAACGGCAGCGGGCUGGUGUACAGCGCCAACUACGUGGACAUCAGGGGCACCAUGUCCACCGUGGGCAAGGCCAUCGUUAAGGUGGAGAUUUACGACCAAAUGACUCGUUAGGAAUUAAUUUGCCACAAUUCACAAUAAAAUUUGUCGGAACUUGAA